CACUCUGAGAGGGUAUUGCAACUGUAGUUAAAAUCGUUAACAUAUGGCAUAGGGAAUGUAGCAGAUGAAGGAAAGUAGCAAAUGAUACAACGUAGCAAAGCAGACGGGCGUUUGGACCGUGUAGCAGGAGUUGCCUCUCUCCCAGGCAGUGAGGAACGAGUCAUAUGAUUGGAUUCAAUAAGAAACCGCUGGAAGAGGGUGGUGUGUGUGAGGGGGAGGAUAUUGCAGCGUGGCGGUGAUGCUGCCGGCGCGGCCGGGGAAGAUGCUGCUGCUUUUAUUUCUCGGGAUGAUCUAGGCUGGGAUCCCGUGGUCCAGUCGUCCACCACCCCCCACCCCGGAUACCUUGCUGCGAGCGAGAUGGCGGAGCGAGGAGCCGACAGCCCGGCAGCCGAGCCGGAGCCGGAGCCGCAGGAGCUGUCGCUGGAGCAGAUCCUCCGGCUGUACAACCAGCCGCUGAACGAGGAGCAGGCGUGGGCCGUGUGUUACCAGUGCUGCGGCACCCUCCGGAGGCACCGGCCGCCCCCCGCCGACGGCCGCCCCUUCUGGGGCAGGCUGAACGGGGCCGGCGCUGUGCUUCUGCACCGAGACGGCACCAUCAGCAUCCGCGCCGAUUCAGAUAAAGGGGAAUCCACGCGAUGUACAGAACCAGAGGUGAUCGAGUCCGUGGGAAUCCUCGUUUACAAGGCCUUGGAUUGGGGCCUGAAAGAUAAUGAAGAACGGGAGCUCAGUCCACCGCUGGAGCACUUGAUAGACCGCAUGACAAAUAUCCUGGAUGAAGGGCUGGCAGCUGAAGGAAGCCUGGAUGAAGGGUAUGAUGGUCAGGAAGAAGAGGACGAGCAGAAAGAAAUUACCGCAAUAAGGAAUUUUAAACACGUGAUGAUGUUGUGCGCUGCUCAUCUCACGACCCCACCGGAGGCGCCGAACCACUACCAGGCUGUGUGCCGGGCGCUCUUUGCGGAGUCCAUGGAGCUACAGACCUUCUUGGCCAAAAUAAAAAGUGCAAAAGAGAAUCUGAGGAGAAUGCAGGCACUUAACAAGGACGUAAGCUGCCAACCCAGUAUGGAACUGGAUGAGCUCAAUAAUUUUGACUGGGCAUGUUUCUGGGUGCAAGUGAUGAGGGAUCUGCGGAACGGUGUGAAGCUGAAGAAGGUGCAGGAACGACAGUACAACCCGCUGCCCAUCGAGUACCAGCUCACGCCGUACGAGAUGCUCAUGGAUGACAUCCGAUCCAGAAGGUACACCCUGCGGAAAGUCAUGGUGAAUGGGAACAUCCCUCCUAAAUUGAAGAAGAGCGCCCACGAGAUGAUCCUGGAGUUUAUCCGCUCUCGUCCUCCAUUAAACCCCGCAUCUGCCCGGAAACUGAAACCAACCCCACCUCGUCCCCGAAGCCUCCACGAAAGAAUAUUGGAGGAAAUCAAGUCUGAACGGAAGCUGCGGCCAGUGUCACCUGACGAGGUCCGGCGAAGCCGCAUUGUAAGGAGACCACUUAGCAUAUCUCACAGUUUUGACUGGUCAGAUGUGGCGACCCCAGAGAGGAACAGAAAGGACCUGUCCCCUCUUGUGGCCAAUGGCACAGUUAUGUCCCAAACUACGGAAAGCGACCCGUGCGCCAUACAAGUCCAGAGAAGGAAACUGCUGAAGGCACCUACGCUGGCUGAGAUAGACAGCUCCGACUCUGAGCAGGAGGACCGAAUUAAAAUGGUGAGGAGCAGUUCCAGUGGAUCAACACUGAAGGUGGAAGAGAGCUCCCCAGAGACUCCAAAUGGCAAAAAAACUCCUCCGAUGUUCCUGCCCAUCUCCUCGACACCACAGCCUGAGCGGCGGAAAGCACCGCAGAGACGGCACUCCAUCGAGAAGGAAACGCCGACCAAUGUGCGUCAGUUCCUUCCUCCCACCAGGCAGAGUUCCAAGUCUCUGGUGUCCAGGCUAAGCAGUUUAUUACCUCGGAGGAAUCUCCAACCGUUUUUCCCAACCAUACAAGCAGCCUCCAUGCUUAACUCUUACCCCGUGGAAGCUGCGUUGUUUGGCAUCAUGGGGGCUGUGUAUUUACUGUGUGAGGGAGUCUUUACCAGCAGGUGGAAGAGAUCAAAGGAGGAGUUCUGUUACCCGGUGGAGUGCCUGGCUCUGACAGUGGAGGAAGUAAUGCACAUCCGUCAGGUCCUGGUGAAAGCGGAACUCGAGAAGUACCAGCAGUACAAAGACAUCUACACUGCCUUGAAGAAGGGGAAGUUGUGUUUCUGCUGCCGGACAAAGAGGUUCUCUAUCUUCACCUGGUCGUACACCUGCCAGUUCUGUAAAAGGCCGGUGUGUUCACAGUGUUGUAAGAAGAUGCGACUGCCCUCCAAACCCUACAGCAAUCUUCCCAUCUUUUCCUUGGGACCAUCAGCCUUGCCGAAAGAGGGGAAAGUGCUAAAGCCAGAGAAGACACUGAGCAGCCGACGCCGCCACGAUGGGCAGCACAAGGGUCUCGUCAGGUUUCCAUCAGUGUCUAAAUCCUCUGAGAAGCCAGCUGAUAACCUGGAAUUUCCCAAAGAGCUGAUGGAGGACUGGAGCACGAUGGAAGUUUGUGUUGACUGUAAGAAAUUUAUUUCGGAAAUCAUUAGCUCCAGCCGACGGAGUCUUGUCUUGGCGAACAAGCGCGCCCGGUUAAAACGGAAAACUCAGUCCUUUUAUAUGUCCUCCACAAGCACAUUGGAGUUUCGACUGGCAACACCAAAGGAGCGAACUAUAAAAGAGGUUUAGACUUGUGCCUUUUUAUUUUCUCCCCUCUUCCUGAAGUUUUUUUUUGUUCGAAGUGGCAUCUCGGAAUGAAAUAACUGGAUCCAUAAAACACAGGAACAUGGGCUGACUAUGCUAAAAUUCCUAUGUAUGUAGCUUUCACCUAAUAACAAAAGCCAGGAUUCAUUUAUAUGGACAUAUCUUUGUGAAUGGGUCUUAUCAAAGAUGAAAUAAUGUAAGUUACCUGUAUAUAAAUGUAAUAUAUUUUAUUAAUAGGAGGAUUUGGGCCCCACUGACAUUGGUAGUGGGCAUCUUAUUGCCACCUACAACAGAUGAAAAUUGACAACUUGUAUAAUAUUUAAUCUGUGCAGUUUAUGUACAUGGAAUAUACUACAGACAGACAAAGAUUAAUCUGAAACAUCAUCUGAGUAAUCUUAUGCGAUGGUGUUUUUUUAAAGUAUGGUUUGUGUCUAUAGACUAGUGAGGAAGAUUGUUUUGGAUGUGAUGGGCACUGGGGGCUCACUUUUCUAUGAAUUUAAGAAGUUAUUUUAUGUUUUAACAAGGAUAAUGGUGGAAUUAUCACACUGUUCACUGAUAAAGCUCCAGAAAAUUAUCAGUAUUUGUUAGACCGAUUGGUGGACCCUUGCUAAAUGCCAGCUUACACAAAACAAGUUUUGCACUUAGAUGAAGUACUUGCUUCAUGCUCUCUUUUAAAACUCAUUUGAUUUUCUUCCUGACUGUAGCACCGUAAGCAGUUAUCCAAUGAGCUAAUCAGGCCAGCACGAUACAACAAAUCCAUUGCUAACCCUUUCUGUCUUGGCUUAUUGGUUCCCUGCCUGAACACUUAAGGAAUAGAUUGUCAUCAUCUUCCCGCCCUUUCACUCCAAACCCUCCCUCCUCUCGCUCACCCCUCCCCCACAAGCCUGUGCGCCUGAAUGUGCUGCAAUAUAUAGUUUCUAAAUUAUAUUGUAGAGCUGAUGUGAACAAGACUACCAUUCAGUUCACUUGUACCACCGAGAUUCCUGUAUGUUCCUUGUAAUUGCAUUAAA